CUUCUUAUCUAUCGGAACAGAACACAAUAACAUUACCUACAAUUAUUUAGAUUUUAUGAAAAUAAAGUGAUUUAGAGCGAAAAUGUGCGAUGAUCUAGACCCAAUCAGUCUUCCGACCCAAAAAGGACAGAAAGAAAUCUUAAGAUGCAAGAAAACAUCAAAAGACUCCGAAAAUAAGAGGCUUCGGAGUAAUAUAGUCACCGAAAUGGCCAAUAUAUACAAUGCUGAUCGUCAGAAUAGCUUCCAUGUCCCACGAGCUCGAGUUAAAAGCUGGGAUAUUCCUGACAACAGUGGUUUCAUUAGCUUGGAGGACCUUCUAAUAGCCAAUUCCGAUCCAACACCCGAAGAGGAAGUUAAAAAUAUUCUAAAUGAUUUCUGUUCAUCUCCUACCUAUGUGGAAGACGAUGAUGAGCCGCCCUUCGAGGCAGAGCCGUGGUUUCGAUUUCGCAAAAAAAGAAUUAAAACUUAUAGCAAGAAAAGGGUUCCCGAAAUAACGUAUGUGCCUGAGGUUAUCGAAAACGAACAGGAUGGGCUAAGUUGCUCCUCGGGCCUCUCCGUGCAGGAAGAUCACUGUACUCACUCGACAUCUGCUGUGUGCAUCUUGGAUGCCAAUACUUCGCAAAAGAUACAUGAAAACCUCCUGAACCUUAGUCAAUAUUUUAUUACUAGUCCGAAUAUAGUUCAAGCUCCUUCUUCAAACUCCCAAUCAAAAAUUGAUCCCUCCCGGGAACACUUAAUCAACCUCCCAGACACAAAUGCAAUUGCAGAAAAUUCUUACACUGAAAUUGAGAAUCUGAAAGACGACUGUCUUGAGAAUGGCAUUACUUUAGAGGAGCCCCAAGUUCCCGGAUUCUUAGGAGAUACAUUGUCUGGAGAUGUUAAGCAUAAUACGAGUAAUAUGCAUUCCCAAUUAGGUGAAAAAGUUUGCGAUGAUUGGUCUGACGCAGACUCAUUUUUGGAAAAUUACAACACCGAAAAGAUGUCGUUAGAUGUUGAAGACUCGGAGCAAGAGACAGUUAUAGAUACAGUAAACACGGAACCUGCGACAUUGCCGGUGAAGAGUCACGACAUUUCAGUUUUAGAAGACAUCCCAGUCAGUGAAUGGCUAACUACAAUCGAAUUGCCCAAUAUAUCUGCAGAGAAAUCCAAGGAGUCAACUCAAGAAGACCUUAUUUCAAAUUCAAGUUGUGUGGGUAUACAAACAAAGUGCGCCAGUGAUAUAGACUUUCUGCAAGAUAUAGACCUUGAAGAAUGGCAGCCCAUGGAGAUUUCAACAGAAAACCAAUCUUCUGACCUGAGGGAAAAAUCUCUACAAAAAUUUGAGCAAGAUCAAACAUCAGAGUUUGUAGGCUUCCAAACAGCCUCAAAUAAACCGAUUAGAAUCACCGCGGAGAUGGAAAAAAGAGGAGCCAUGUUUUUAGCCCAGUUUAAAUCCAUAGACGAGCUAAGUCAAUCAAAAAUUGAUUAUCAAGAUGCUCCGUCAACCUCUAAAAAAUGUAUGACAGUACCUAAAGAAGAAAUUGAAGUCAAGUGUGAGGUUGAAUCCGGAUUAUAUCGUCAAGACCUGGAAAAAACAGAGUUCGUGGGAUUUAAAACGGCCUCAAAUAAGCCUAUAGAAAUAACAGACAAUAUGAGGACGAAAGGUGCCAAAUUAUUAGCUGAGGUUGUUUCUGCAGAAAUAGAAAGGAAAACCAUGGAAGACUCGGAUUUUGUUGGUUUUCGUACAGCCUCAAAUAAACCAAUUGAAAUAACGGAAGAUAUGGAAAAAAGGGGAGCCAUGUUUCUAGCCCAAUUCAAAGCUUCAGGCGAGCUAAGUCAAUCCAGUAUUGAUUCGGCUGAUGUUCCAUCAACCUCCAAAAAAAUAAUUACAAAGUCUGUAGAAGGAAGUAAAAUAAAAGAAGUUGAGUCCGGAUUAUACAAUUCCAGUCAACAGCUGUAUAAGUGCACUCAAGAACCGGAAAACGCUGAGUUCGUGAGAUUCAAAACUUCCCCCAAUAAGUCCACCGAAAUAAUGGACAAGAUGGAAAUAAAAGGAGUCACACUAUUACUAACUGCAGAUGUAGAAAAGGAAGCAUUGAAUGACUCCGAGUUUGUUGGCUUCCGUACAUCAUCAAAUAAGCCAAUUGUGAUAUUAGAGAAAAUGAAGAAUAAAGCUGCCGAAUUAAUGGCAGCUAUUCAAGCUGGAGAAACAAAUUUACUAAAUAGUUCUCUAACAAAUCAGUCAGUCCUUGACGACUUUCGUUCAGCCUCAAUUAACCAAAAUUUGGAAAUGUCACCACAAAAAACCUCAUAUCGCGAUGAUUAUAAGACUGAGAAAAGUUUGCAGAUCGCAAAGCAAAUCAAAAGUACUCCAGAGCCCUUUAAAUUUCGCACAUCAUCAAUAGAACGCAUAGAAAUAUCUAAGGAGGUGAGAAUUAGAGAAGAUUUGGAAGUAUUUGAGGACCAUGAAGAUUCUGGAGACUUCAUGGGCUUUGAGACAAACGGUACCUUUUCAUUUGAAGAAGACGCUUCCAACGACUGCAUAUAUCCCAGGCCAUCAGGGGGAACCAAAAAUAACAUAGAUUGUAACGAUGACUCAAGUGUGUUCACACCUAAGCGUAGAAGGGAAACCUCUGAUGGCAUUCCGGCGACUAAAAAGCGUCUCAGCGAAGAAAACUCACCGCAGCCAAGUCUUACGCAACGCAGCAGUCGACUGCAUAAGACGACGUCGUGCCAGAAUGGACAGAUCACGCCGUCCACCAGGUCAUCGCUGGAUAUCCACCCCUCAUUAUCACAACUGGCAAGUCGAUCUCCGUUGGAUAAGGUUACCAAAGCCUGUGUCAUAAACCGCCGGAAUUUGUCUCUAACCAAGCGGUCAAAGCCUAGCAGUACGCUGGCUGGAACUUCUACGAGGAAUGGUAUUACUCCGGCCAAACCCCAAUUUGCUCCCAUGGCAGCUUCUACUAGUACUCCGCUGGCCAAUAGAAAUACAAAUCUACACAAGGACGCUGAUGAUAAAAAAAAGGCAGAGGACUUGUCACCCAUUUGCAUGCAACCCACUAAAAAUAGACGACUUGGUUUGAGCCGGAGUCGCUAUUAGUGCGUAGUUAUUAUGCAAUCUUUCCUACCUAUCAGAUAAAAAUCGCCGGCCGUUAUACAUCGGGUAUGAAAGUUCAAAGUAUGAGGAUUUAAAACUGAUUGGCUUUGCUUUAAUAAUCAGAUAACAAUGUUAAAGCAAAGACUAAGAGUAAACGAGGAAGGUGAAAUUCCUUUUUCAUGCUGCAAUAUUUUGGUGCCUUAAAUUGAAGAUAUAUAUUUUUGUGUAUAUAUUUUUUUUUUGAUAUAAGGAUCCUAUAUAAAAACCAAAAAAUUCUAA